UCCAAUUCAGGUAUUAAUCUUUCUGCUUAUAUCGAUCAUCGAAUGCAUGAUGAUUUGGCUCAUAUCCAUUCUUCUCCCGCAAGAUCAAGACCUUUCAAUACAGAUUCAAAUAUUCCUAGAAAUAAAAGAUCAGCAGUUUCCAGUUCAAAUGUUGGUAAUAAUUCCGCAAGACAAGCCAUCUAUGAGAAAAGGGCAAGUCUUCCAUUAACCAACCAAAAUCUUCAAGGAUUACUUUCUCAAAGCAACGGGAACGAUCUUCCUUAUCGGUAUAAUAGUAAUCGGGCUGAACGUUCUGCAUAUGGCUCGGUUUUAUUAGAUAUGGAUCAAUACACUAAGGAACAGCGUAAUCUUGCUUCUAAUCAAACCUGGCACGAACCUUUCCAUGAUGGUCAAAGCUAUAAUGGCAGCAAUGAAGAUUUACUUUCGAUUAAUUCAUUGGAGUUUGGUGGUUCAAAUCCAUCUUCGGAUCAUUCAAGUGAUUCAACAUCUUUAGAUGAUGUUUGUUUCCCCGAUUAUUACGAUCAUGAAAUGGACUCUGAAGGUAAUAAACAAUCCAAUUAUCGCUGGCCAGAUUUACAAGUUAUGCAAGAAUUUGUUAAUCAAGAAUUAGAGGAGUAUGGCGAUGAUCACAACGAAAGUAAUCAUGAAAGAGAUCAACAGAAUGUGAAUUUCCAUUACCCUUUGGCUCAUACAGUUCACAGUGGCAGUAACGAUGAACCAAGAUCACCAUUUCUGCAUACUCCCUUACUUAAUAAUACCCAGGUUAAUGAAGUUGAAUCACUUGAGACAACUAACAACUCUUUUAGAAUUAGACCUCAACCUAUUCAACCUUGGGAAAAGUCAAAAGAACAUGUACAAACUAUUUUAAGUAAUAGUCAAUAUCAGACUCCUAACCAACACAAACAUCAACACGCUGAUAAAUCUCCCCAAAAACCACAGGUUGAUUCAAGCUUAUGCCGCUUCACCUAUUUCCGGGAAGACUUACAAAAAACGAUUCAUUCACCAACCAUUAGUGGUCUUUUAGCAAAAGACGGUAGCAAUAAAUUUCAAGAUGGUUCAGUUUCACUCCAAAAGAAAUGGGGGGAUGGCCUUAAUGCUCAAAAUGAUGAUAUUUUAGAAGAAACAAACCUAACGUUAAAAGAUUUAUUCAUGCCAUCCUUUUACUCUCAGAAAAAUGGGUUCUCAUCAGCUACAUCAACGUCCUUCAAUAAUAAUAACGUGUCCUCCAAUAGAAUAAACUCUUUAACAGGUUUGAAUAACGCCUCUCGUGUUAGCAACCAAAAACAAGGUACUGCUAUGGAGAACAAAAAUAUAAGUCUUGCAGCACCUGGCGUCCCUGGCACAGCUACCGCCACUGGAUCUCUAGUAGCUUCUAAUUCCAACGACAUCAAUGUAAAUCCAUUUUGGUUAGAUGUCCUUGAUCCAACAGAGGAAGAAAUGAAAGUACUUUCAAAGACAUUCGGUAUCCAUCCGUUAACCACCGAAGAUAUAUUUCUUGGAGAAGCUCGUGAGAAAGUAGAAUUAUUCAAAUCUUACUACUUUAUUUGUUUCACUUCUUUUGAUAUCGUUUAUGAAAGACGUAAACAAAGAGCAAAAGAACAGGAGAAAAAAUUCAAUAAGUUACAAGAAAUGUAUGAUAGAUUGGAUAAUUCAGGGGCAAGUGGACAUGAAAGUGUAUUUGGUGGGAAUGAACGUAAAUCAAAGAUUUGGUCGACGUUUUCGAGAUUAUUAUGGAGAUCCCGAGAUAACUACAAGUCGAAUGUCUCACAUGAUUAUCACGGUAGCUCGAAUAAUAGAUCCAAGAGUAGUUCAUCAACAAGGACCAAGACUAAGAAAAUCAGAGAAGGAGAAUUAUCACCGCUCAAUAUGUAUAUGAUUGUUUUCAGAGAUGCUGUGAUUACGUUUCAUUUUUCUGCGACUCCUCAUCCAAUCAAUGUCAGAAGAAGAGCUAGAUUAUUAAAGGAUUAUCUCACAGUAUCAUCUGAUUGGAUAUGUUAUGCAUUAAUUGAUGAUAUCACUGAUUCUUUUGCACCAAUGAUUGAAAGUAUUGAGGAGGAAGUUAAUCAAAUAGAAGAUGCUAUUUUGAAAAUGCACUCUGGAGACACUGAUAGUGAAGAAGAAAGUGAUAGUGAAGAAGAAGAAAGUGAUGAUGAAUAUCAAGAAAAACGUAAUAAGGUUCGUCACAAUUCGGAUCAUAUUUUUUAUAGACGUAAAAGAUCCAAAUCCACAGUUGAUGGAAAUUUUAAUACUCCUAGAUUGGGUAAACCUGGACGUAGUGGUUCAUCGGUUACGUCUCGUAAAUCCAAGAAAUCAUCUAAAUCCUCCUCAACAAAGUCUACUUCUUCCAAGAUUCUAGGUUGGAAACGUAAAGGAGAUAUGUUAAGACGUAUUGGUGAAUGUCGUAAAAGAGUAAUGUCGGUAUUAAGGUUAUUAGGAUCCAAAGCUGAUGUGAUUAAAGGUUUCAGUAAACGAUUCUCAGAGCAAUUAGAGGCUACUACUCUUUGGAACUCAAAUGGUGCUUAUAUCAAUAGAAGCUCCAAUGGCCUUCAACCCAAGUCCGAUAUUGGGAUGUAUUUGGGAGAUAUUCAAGAUCAUAUUGUUACCAUGGUACAAUCCUUAAAUCAUUACGAAAAAUUGUUGGCUAGAUUCCAUUCUAACUAUUUGGCACAAAUCAACAUUGACAUGACUAAAGUCAACAAUGACACCAAUGACGUUUUAGGUAAAAUCACCAUUCUCGGUACCAUAGUAUUACCAAUCAAUGUUGUUACUGGUUUAUGGGGUAUGAAUUGUAUUGUUCCUGGCCAAGAUUAUGAGGGAUUAGCCUGGUUUUUCUCAAUUGUUUUUUGCAUGUUUUUAUUCAGUGUCUUUGCUUACUACUACGCAAAGAGAGUUUACGGUUUA